GCGUGGUUUGGCGGUAUACUGAGCGCCCACGAGACCGAAAACCCCGUCUUUAAUAACUGGAACCUCGUGAGGCUGGUCUACUGCGAUGGCGGGGGCUAUGCCGGCACGAGAGGGCGGAUCAAGCUCACGCGCGGCUUCUUUCGAUUGAACUCGACAGCCACUGCUUCUUCGAGAACGGUGCGGCUCGCCGCGGCAACGAAUGUGAGCUUCGAUGAUGCAGCCGGGUCAACAGAGUCAAACAAGCCAAGCAAGUCAACCGAGUCAACCAAGUCAACGGAGUCAACCAAGUCAACAGAGUCAACCAAUUCAGUGCCUUCAGCCAUCUACCUGGAUGGAUGGAACAUCAUUCAGGCUGUGCUCGAAGACCUCCAGCACCACCGUGGAUUUGGCGCUGCCUCCCAGAUUUUGCUUUCGGGCAGCUCGGCUGGCGGGCAGGCCACGGCAAACCUCUGUGAUUGGCUGGCCUCGUCUUUCCCAUCCGCGUCCAUCCGAUGCCUUGUGGACUCUGGCUUCUUUCUUG